UGACAACCUCACAUCUCUUCAAUGCCGAAACCGCCACAACCAGCUCCAGCGUCUAAGCCAACCGCCCUUCCCAACUCUGCGUCCUCCCGCGGGAGUGGCGCGUCCACUCCCCCCUCCGCCGCCAGAUCCGUCAAGAACCGCACCGGCUGCGAGCAAUGCAAGCGCCGCAAGGUCAAGUGCGACGAGAAGCGCCCGACGUGCGCGCGCUGCGAAGCCCGUGGCGAGACGUGCACGGGGAACUUCCAAUGCGAUCAGUGGCAGAUUGAGAGGCCGUGGAUCGUCGGCCUCGGCGCCGCGGCGUCCGGUCUGGAAAACGAUGCGUUGCGGUAUUGGUACGAUUCGGCUUGCUUGACCAUGGCCAUGUUUCCGCCGCCUGUCAAUUCGCUGUCGUAUCCUCUUGUGUCUCUGCUGCGCCGCUCAAAGGCCCUGCGUCAUGUCGUACAGUGCGUUGCUGUCGCGCAUCGUCAUGACUUCGCCGUGACGAGUCUCUCCCACGCCUUGCAGGAGCGCAACUUGGCCAUCGUCUCGCUGCAGGGCGAGCACUCGCGUAACCAGCAGAUGCUUUUGCGCACAGUCAUUCUGUCGUCGCUGAUCUUGUGCGUCUCAUCUGCUUGGCUGGAUCCCACGGGCAAAGAGUUUGGCAUCGAGUUUCUGUUCGGCGUCAAGGGCAUCAUCCAUCUGCUCACCGACACGGCGCCCACUGAUCCAUUUGCAUUUUACGUCAUGGGACUAUUUCUCUACCUCGAGGUGUUUUCUUCAUAUUUAGUUCCUGCUACUCUGCAGAGACGGCCUAGCGACCGCAUCGUCACGGCACUCAGCCAACCGCCCUUCAACACACUUGUGCAUCCGGUAACUGGCAUCGCAACUACCCUGUGUCCCAUCCUCACCGACAUAGGGCACUAUUACCGGCGCGUUGCAGAGACUAAGCAGCCGUGCAUCGAACGUGACCGCGAACUGCGUCGCCGGCUGUGGGAGUGGGAGCCUCCAGAGGGCUCGUCUCAGCUGGCACAGCUGGUGCAGCUUGCUGAAGGCUACAGGACCAUUGGUGACAUUAUGCUGUACCAAGCACGAGGUGUUGUGGCCAAGCUUGACGCCAUCGACUCGCGGAUGCUGCUGGAAAGAGUCUCCACCGUCAUGGAAACCAUCCGACACAUUCCGAAGCAAGAUGCCCUACUCAAUUGGGUGGGCCCGUUGCUGAUGAUUGCUGGCUCCGAGCUACCGGCCGACCGCUGCCAUGACCGGCGCUUGGUGGAGAUAUCGAGCUCGCGUCUCGUGAGUUUUACCAAGGUUCCGACCUAUGCCCGGAGCUUCGAGCUCAUCAAGCAAGUCUGGGAGCUGCAUGACAACGGCGUUCUUAUAACCUGGCUCGAGCUCAUGGUUGAGAGCGGCCUUUCACUAGCUGUUUAUAAUUCCAUUUACAGUGUCUAACUGAUGACAUUUACCAAACCCCCUCAUUUCCAAUUCUUGGAAGGUGCCGUCAGUCGCUGCACGGGAUUCGUUUCCGUCUCCUCCUCCAUGUCCUUCAUCCCAGUCCAUUCGCUUCCGACCUUGAAUUGGCGAAGGUCGUCGUAGUGACGGCCAAUCAUGUAGGGCAGAUACGCCGCGCCGCAGCCAAGAUCAUGCUCCUCAAUCACGGUGUAGUCGGCGCGCCCUGAGACGUACUCCAUCUCGCUGACGGUCAGAAUUGGAAUGCUGUGCAUAGGAUCGGAGGCCGUGCCGCGAACCACUAAUCGCCCGUGGCCUGCUGAGCGGCGAGUGUCGUGCUCGGCCACAGUCAAGACAUUGACCUUGGG